ACCGAAUUUCCGCUUGGAAAAAAAAGGAGAAGUUAAACCGGUUCGUCGAGCCCUUAUAAAAAGAGCCCGAAACCCACUUUCAUUCGCCACGAUUGUCUUGCGUUCGGUUCUUGGAGAGAAACGAAAAAGAAAGUAGAGCACAGCGACCAUGGUGAUGAAAGUUUAUGGAAACCUCAUGUCCACCGCGGCGAUGCGGGUCUUCGCUGCCCUCUACGAGAAGGACCUCGAGUUCGAGCUCGUCACCGUCGACAUGAAAGCGGGCGAGCACAAGCAGGAGAAUUUCCUCGCCCUCAACCCUUUCGGUCAAGUCCCGGCCUUUGAGGACGGAGACUUGAAGCUUUUCGAAUCAAGGGCGAUUACUCAGUACAUUGCUCAUGAAUACGCCGCCAAGGGUGCUCCGCUCGUCUGCGAGGGCAAACCCAUGGCGACGGUGGCCGUGUGGAUGGAGGUCGAGGCCCACCAGUUUGACCCCGUGGCGUCGAAGCUGCAGUGGGAGCUCGUGUUCAAGCCGCUGUUCGGCAUGGCCGUGGACGCUGCGGCGGUCAAGGAGAACGAGGCCAAGCUCGUCAAGGUCCUCGACGUCUACGAGGCGCGGCUGGGCCAGUCCAAGUACCUGGGCUGCGACUGCUUCACCCUCGCCGACCUCCACCACAUCCCGACCCUGACCAACCUGAUGGGGACACCGUUGAAGGAGCUGUUCGAAGCCCGCCCUAAGGUAAGCGCUUGGGUGGCCGACAUCAUGGCCCGGCCGGCUUGGGCCAAGGUUCUUGCCAUGAGGAACAAGCAGUGAAGCACAGGGUCUACUUCAAACCAUCUGGCGUUGGGGACAGAAGCAUGAGACCUUUUUCACCCCCAUUUGUUUGGGGAGUUGGUAUUAGUAUUUAGGUGUUGAUUCUGUCCUUCUUUGGUCAAUGUUAUUAUGUGGGAGUUAAAUGAACUUUUCGUAGUUGUCUUCAAUCAUGAAAGUUGGAGAUGAUGAUGAGACUGGUGUCUCGUGAUCGUCUAGCCUGAGCAAUAAAGACUUUACUAAUAAAGAGAGAGUUAUAUUUCUAA